AUGACGGGGUCUUCUGAACAAAACGGCAACAGCGCCGCCAACAUCCCCACAAACGGCAACAACGGCGCACCAGCAUAUCUCAGCACACUUCCCCCCGACGGACAUGACUGGAAGAUUUCUCUGAAGGACAAGGUCAUUGCUAUUUCGGGCGCGAACCAGGGCAUUGGUUUGGGCAUCGCAGAGGUCUGUCUUGCCAAUGACGCGGCGUGUGUCUACAGCCUGGACAUCACUGAGCCAGCGGAGCCCUUUGCCGGCUUGCUCAAGCGUUUCCCCGGAAAGCUCGAGUUCCAGCACUGUGAUGUGACGGACUACAACAGCGUCGCCGCAGCAGUGGACGCUAUUGUUGCUGCCAAGGGCCGUUUCGACGGUAUGGUUGCCAACGCUGGCGCCACAAAACACCAGCCUGCCCUGGAGUUCACUCCUGAGCAAUUUGACAGGUUAUUUAAGUUGAACGUUAACGGAUCGUGGAACUGCGCGACCGCAGCAGCAAGGGCGUUCAUUAAGCUUGGCUGCAAGGGGAGCAUCGUCUUUACUGCUAGCAUGACGUCUUACAGGCCCAACCGAGCUGCGCCGUCUGCGCCAUAUGGUGCUACUAAAGGCGCAAUUCGCAACAUGACACACACACUGGCAAUGGAGUGGGCUGAGCACGGCAUCCGUGUGAACUCCAUCUCGCCCGGCUUUGUCAAGACCGCGUUGACGUACUACGUCGAGACUUCACCUGACUGGGAUACCAAAAUGAAGUACUACGGUGGCAUGCCUCGCCUGGCUCUGCCUCAAGAGCUUGGUGGUGCGUAUGUGUACUUGUUGAGUGAGACGGCCACAUAUACGACAGGUAUCGAUAUUCCAAUUGCCGGCAUUGUUGGCGCUUGGUAA